GAGGAGCAUGUGACACAGGGGCUCCGACAGCAGAGGGAUCAGACACGAGAAUGGGAGCCAGAGUGAAGACAAGUGUUUGCGUUACUACAGUCUAACUAUAAAGCCAGUGGCCUGAAUUUUGAGAUGCAAAACACAACGCAAACUAGUUAUGGAAGAACUGCCAUGAUGAACGAGACCAGAGGCUAUGUGGGAAUGACCACCAGUCCUGAUGAUAGCAACAUCCCUGGGAAUAGCAGCAUGGGCAUCCUGGUCAUCCCUGAACCCAUGAACACAGCUCUUAAUGUUUUGACUGUGACCAUCCUCUUCAUGACCAUGAUUUCUCUUGGAUGCACGAUGGAGAUCUCUAAAAUAAGGACCCAUCUUCUUAAACCAAAAGGAGUAGUUAUUGCACUGCUGGCCCAGUUUUGUAUCAUGCCCCUCACUGCUUUCACUUUGACAAAAAUCUUCCAGAUGGAUUCUAUUAAGGCUGUAACUGUGCUGAUCUGUGGUUGCUGUCCAGGUGGAAGCUUAUCAAACAUUUUCUCCUUUACAGUGAAAGGUGACAUGAACCUCAGUAUCGUCAUGACAACUUGUUCCAGCAUUGCUGCCUUGGUUCUCAUGCCUCUGUUGUUGUACAUCUUCAGCAAAGGCUUCACUGGUCUAAGACAUGCUGUUCCCUAUGCAGGAAUCAUCACUGCACUCGUGUUUACAUUGGUGCCUUGUGCUAUUGGCAUAUGCAUCAACCACUACAGGCCAAAUUAUUCCUCAAGUGUAACAAAAGUUGGUCUCAGCAUCCUGUUGAUAUCCACCAUCAUAAUUUCUGUACUGUCUGGUCUCGCUGUGAAGGAUGUAAUAUGGAUUAUCCUCAUGCCAGACAUCCUCACUGUUGCUGCACUGAUGCCUCUGAUUGGUUUUAUUCUGGGAUAUGCGGUGUCGGUCAUUUGCAGACUCAGCCCACAAUGCAGCAGAACCAUCUCCAUGGAGACAGGGUGCCAAAACAUGCAGCUGUGCACCGCCAUCCUUAAGGUGGCUUUUACUCCACAGGCCAUUGGACCCUUGUUUUUGUUCCCUUUAGUGUACAUUGCAUUCCAGUGUGCAGAGGCUCUAAUCCUGGUGCUGUGCUUCAGAUGUUACCAAACAGUCACAGCACAGCAUGCGGGCUUUUCUUCCCGAGGAAUUCACAUCAAAUCUGAUGUCACAGCAGCUGGGGUAAAAGGAGAAGCUAACCAUCUUUAAUCAACAACACGAGCUGCAGAGGCAAUACAACAGCUGAUCAACAGCUUUCUCAGAACAAAUAUAUUACAAACACAUUUAGGCUUAAAGCAGGAGUUUCCCAGAAGCCUGAAUAAAUUAACAAAGACAAUAUCUUCAGGUGUACAAGUGAGGUGUUUCACGAUGCCACAACUAAUCAAUCACUAAGCAGUAAGGGCAUUUUACUGACAUUCACUUUUAAAACUCCUUAUUUCACAUAGUACAGUGCAUAGAAGUGGAAAGCUAAGGCCUUAUAAGGAAGAGUAUGAGCGAGAAGAGCGGAAAUCAGCAGGAGAAAAAUGAUGUAUGUAGUAUUGACCUGCACAAUGACAUAAUCUAAAACUUACAAAAACUUAGAAGAAAACACUAAGCAUUUACUACUUCUACAGGAAAAUGAGUUCAUGCAUUUAGCAUAUGUGUUUUAACAUGAUGUAUGAUCUCAGAAAAGUAAACAAGUCAGAUUUUUUUGUUUUUACAAAAUGAGUUUAAAGACUUGCUCAAUAAACAUCGAAGCAUCAGUCUCAGUUUUCUUUAAAGACAAGCGCCCUUUGACCUGUCUCUCCUUCCAUUUCUAUGUUUUCAGGAAGUAGAAAAACACACAUAUUGUGGGGAAGCCUAGAUUUAACAUAUGUACAUGUAAUUGCCUCCUUGGUUUGAUGAGCUUCUGAGAGUGGUUCACUAUUCACUGGCGUCAUCUCUGUUGAUAAAAGUCUGCGAACCAGUAAAGGUCAGUUCCAUAUGCUUUAAGCCUCCUUCAGUAACGGCAUAUCUAUGGAAGAAAUAAUACAAGUCAUUACAAAAUAAAAGCUCAGGUUCGUCUAGGGUUAAAUCAAUACAUUAUUUUAAUAUUGGAAAAUAACAUAAUUCAUUUAAAAGAAGGAACUCAUAUUAUACACGGUUAAAACAUGAUGUUAGCAAAUCUUCCAUAAAAGAAAACACUAACUGUAAAAUGACCCCAGUUUGACAUUAAUAUAAGCCAAACUUGUUCUGCUUUAGGUCUGUUAGGAUCAUCAAACUUAUUUCCUGACUGAAGUCUUCAGAUGCUGCCUCGCCAUUUCGAUAUAA